UUUCCCUCCAUCUCUGCUUAUCUGUCAGUGCUCGGACGUUGCGUUAAGGUGCGGAUCCGAGUCCCGCUCUUGGGGAAGAUUUGAGGAAAGUCAGACGACAUAAACGUCUUCAAAGGACAGUAUAUACGAACAUUGUCAUUGAAACGACAGACAUUUUACCGCCUUUGUGCAGUUGCUUUGAAACUACAGUAAAAUGGAUCCAAUGACUCAGUCCGCCCAGAUAUCAUCGUCGCAAGGGUUUGCCGAUGGACAAAAUUCUGCUGCCAAAGAAUCAAAGCUGUCCGAUUCCUUUCUUUCCUCUUCGCCUGUAUCUCUCAUUCAGUCUCCUCAAGUGAAGGACCUGAUCCACUGGCGAGACCCCAAGAAGUCGGGCUUGGUGUUCGGGGUGUCCAUGCUGAUGCUGCUGUCGCUGGCAGCCUUCAGCGUCAUCAGUGUGGUCUCCUACCUGCUGCUUGCCCUGCUCUGUGUCACCAUCACCUUCCGCAUCUACAAGUCUGUUGUCCAGGCCGUGCAGAAGUCCAGUGAGGGACACCCCUUCAAAACACUGAUAGAUAAGGAUGUCAGCAUCCCUCCCGAGACUUUCCGCAAGCACGUGGACACCAGUCUGACCUACAUCAACCGAGCCCUGAAGCAGAUGAGCCGCCUCUUCCUGGUCGAGGACCUUGUGGACUCCCUAAAGCUGGCUGUGGUCAUGUGGCUGUUCACCUACGUAGGAGCCGUCUUCAAUGGAAUCACCAUUCUGAUCCUGGCUGACAUCCUCCUCUUCGCCGUGCCUCCCAUCUACGAGAAGAACAAGACCCAGAUUGAUCAGUACAUUGAUGUGGCACGUACCCAAAUCAACACCACAAUUGCCAAGUUGCAAGAGAAACUUCCCGGUGCUGUGAAGCGCAGCAAAACUGAAUGAUCAACCCCCCAAUUAGAAACCUCCAUGUCACCAUCAUCCUCAUCUCCAUCACCAUCCUAGACCCCCUUACCUUCUCCUGCCCCUCUCCAGAUAACCCCCGCCCCCAGUCUAACUCCUCAUCCCUACUCCAUCAAGCAUCACCACCCUACUACACUGAACCUUGCUAGGUAGAAAAAUCUUUGAGCUACUCGAUAUUCAAUGUAAAACUACUGCGCAGCUUAACUUGCAAGCAUUAAAAAGAACUGUGCCUGUGCAGACAGGAAGCGUGUCGCUAGCGAGUAAGUGAUGUAGCGCCGUGGCGGACCCUGACUGUCUGUGGGCGUGCCACAGGGGAAUGGAGGCAGGGUCGAGUGAACUAGACUGAAUCUAUGACCUGGUUUCGUCGUGUACAGCAAGCAGGGGGGUGGAUGAUGGCUGUCUAUGUCACAAAAAAGCAAAUGUCUGUACUUUAAACCACACAUUUCCCUGAAGGUAAAUGGAUGAUUUGAGCUGGAGAAGUUAAGGAAGUUAAGAAAAUGUAAAAAAGAAAAAAAAAAUGGAAUAAAACCGAUGUUUGGGUGUAAUUGUGGCUAGUCUUAUCCUGCUCUAUUGCUCUGCAGCUGUUAUGUGGAUAGCUAUGAAUUCAUUUUAGAGGCGCGUAAUGGGUUUGCUGUUACCGAUCGGCCUGUUAUUGACUUAGUUUCCAUUCACCUUACAGGCACUUCUGUAUGUAAGUUUCUGCAAUGCACUGAACUUUUAUUUUUUAAAUCCCUGAGCAGGUUGAAAUAAAAGGAUUGGAACACUGA